UUUCGGCCGUCGGAUCAAUCCGACGGUUGUAAGGUAUAGAUGCUGGGUUUCUAGGUUUAGGUUUAGGGUUUGGCGGGGAGCUCGGGCGGCAGCAACCAUGUCGGGCAAGAAGAGGACCAAGGAGGUGAAAGAGGAGAAUGUGACCCUGGGACCGUCGGUGCGCGAUGGCGAGCAAGUCUUCGGCGUGGCGCACAUCUUCGCCUCCUUCAAUGACACCUUUGUGCACGUCACCGAUCUCUCUGGGAAAGAAACGCUCGCCCGAGUCACAGGUGGCAUGAAGGUGAAAGCCGACAGGGACGAAGCCUCUCCCUACGCUGCCAUGCUCGCAGCCCAGGACGUCGCUGCCAAAUGCAAAGACUUGGGAAUCAAUGCGCUCCACAUCAAGCUACGGGCCACCGGCGGUAACAAAACAAAACAGCCCGGACCCGGCGCACAGUCUGCUCUGCGCGCUCUUGCUCGUUCCGGCAUGAAGAUCGGCCGAAUCGAGGAUGUGACUCCGAUUCCAACUGACAGCACGAGGAGGAAGGGUGGUCGUAGGGGUCGCCGUUUGUAAGGAGCGACUUGAUCUCUGUUCUGUUUUUCCAGCUCUGAAGAGUAUCUAAAAACUCGUUGAGGUGUCUAUUUGGAAAA